CCGCGGUAAAAAUGCUUACGUAUAUACUAAAACCCUAGGCCAAAGAAUUCCCACGGCUACCAUUUCGCCUUUCAUACACGAAUGUAUAAAUUGAAUCUGCUACUCUAUUUUAGUCCAGUUUGCAAGCCAAGGCCUCUAAUUUCGGAUUGCAGUAUGAUGUUGUUUCGAGUGGUAUCGUUAGGUAUGUUUGUUUUCUUAGCAUCACCUCAUCAAUGUUAUCAGGAAGGUAGAAUUAAAGAAUCCGGCGGUCGGCUAAAACGAUCGGUGAUUCUUCUUCCAGCCAACACGAGCAUCACGGUUACUUUCGAUCUUUCAAUGCCUGUCCGUGCACUUGCCUCCCAGGCAGGGUUUUAUAACAUGAGAGUACCUUUUCGCUUCUUCAUACCAACUUACGAUCAGCUAACAUCCUUUUACACCGAGAGUCGCGAGGAUGACGGCAAUCAAAUUGACCAGAUUCAUCGCCAGGAGCAAGAGCGCGCUAACGAUGAACGUCGGUUUAUCUACAGGAGUAUGGAAUCCCUUCUGUCAAGUUUUGGAAUCGAUGGCAUGGCUUGCGUUCAACGGGCUAUCUGUGAAUUAUCUGAGGCACCGAUCGGUCAUAACGAUCUAUUGGGAAACACGUUGAGUCUCUUGCUAACGCCUCCUAAGGUAGCUGAUUUCGGCAAAUGGAUUUUAGGAAACCGCGACGCCACAGGGAGCCAUAAGAUGGAUCAAGAAGAAUGCAUUGCGUGCGAAGUAAUUGAUGAGUCUUACGAAGACGAAUACGUUAAGGCAUAUCAUCAUGGGAAACAAGGAGAUUGCUUACAUCGCUAUGGAUCGGCAUGCCCUAUAUCUUUCUUCAGCAUUUUUAACCUCUAAAUAACAUUACGUUGUCCUUCAAUAUCACAGAUGCAACAUCGACGUUUAUGUAUUAGCCAUUAUCUACCGUCUCAAACAUUUCAGCGUUUCCUUAUUUUUACUGUUAGGAAAGUUUAAUAAACAUCAGUUUUUAAAUGUAAUAGCUGUAUGCGAUUUCACGGAAUAAGGAUCUGUCUAAGUUACGUAAAAUUAGCGGCACUUGAAUUUAAUGUGGGAACACGAGCACGCUGAUUGAAUAUAAUGUAUUACUGUAAGUCCCAUGACGCAUUGCUAGCGAAGAAGUAGAAAUGGCUCAGCCAACAAGGGAUUUUAAUCGGUAAAUAAAUAAACUUUUUGUGACAAAUUUUCUCCAAAAACUUGUCACAUAUCUCGUUAUUUCGUAUUCACUAAGUAAUGCUCAGGAAAUUUUAAUCAACGACCGGCCAAGAAGUAUGGUUAAAGGAGCGAAAACGAGGUGGUCCAAAAGUAAAGCUUUCGGACAAAAGACAAAAGGUAUAGAUAAUUAAAUAUCUAAAACCUAAACACCAGAUGGCAGAUUUAAGAAAAAAUUCACUAGUCUCAUAGUUUAGAUCGUUUAAAAAAGAACUGCCAGGUGCCGCCAUUUCUAUCUCCAGUUUUACUAAAUCGAGUCGUGUUAGGUCAGUACUCAGUAGGUCACUGGUUCGUUCAUAAGUAAUAUCACUAUCACCAGGUCUGGUUAGCAUCUCGAAUCUCUUGUAACGUUAGCACGUU